UAACAUCCACUUUGGGUCAACAGUCCAGGGAUCAUAGCUGCUGCCCUGCCAGCUGUAAAAAAGGGGUUCAUCCAACAUGGACCUGAAAACCUUCAAACUGAAAGUUAAACCUCAUAGUCAUUGUUUCAUUUCAAAUCUAGUGUGAUGGAGUGCCGGCCUAUAACAAUAGAAAAUGUCCUAUUGAAAUAUUGACAGACUGCGCUGUGUAAUAUUGUGAAAGAUCCUGAAGUUACACAACAUACUAUAAUCUGGUUGACACAGCCUGCCUCUUCAGAAAUGGCUCACAAGAAAUUUCAGUGACAAUCCCUCAAGGACAGAUGACAGAGCAGAUCCAGUCUCUGCUGAAUCUUUAUUAAAAUCUCAAGCUGUUGUUUAAGCAACAUGGAGUCUCCAAGAGGACUGAGCAGCAGAUGACUGACCAGAAAAAAGUCCGUGAUGGAGGAUCUGCCAGUGAAAAGUGGAGGAACUGGUGCAACAGGUGGUCAAGAAGAGGAUUCUUCUUUGUAGGAUGGUCAGAGAAAAUCUUGAUAAAACAGUAGUACAAAGCCAAAAACAGAACCGCGCAGCUGAGACACAGAGCCAAAGUCACUCCCCUGAAGAACUUGCAGGAUCUGAACGAGCCCAGAGCCCAGAGAGAGUUAAUCCAGAGAGCCAAGAGCUGACAGACAGGCAGCUAGAUUUACUUCACUGGAGCAAACUCAGCUUAGAGGAAGAACCUGAAACCUGGUGCCAGUCAGUGACUGGAGCUAAUGCUGAGAGCUGGCCCACACACCUCCGUCCAUUCAGCAGCGCAGCAGAGUAUAAACUAGUGAAACACACUUACCAGCAGCUCCAACACAGUGGUUACUACUGGGGAUCAAUGACCAUGGAGGAGGCACACGAAAUACUCGCACGGGCACCACUGGGCACCUUCCUCAUCAGAGACAGCGGCCAGCCGGAUGUUUUCUUCACUCUGAGUUACCAAAGCGAUGACGGGCCAACUAGUGUUCGUGUCCAGCUGAACAACCUGCUCUUCAGUCUGUAUGGCAGCCACAGGACUUUUGCUUCACUCUUCGUUCUGCUCAGUUAUUACACCGGCUCAUCCUGUAAGCUGACAGCGCCGUAUCGCAAGCAGCGUCCGGAGUGCCUGAAGCAGAUGUGCAGGAGGGCUCUUAUACGCUCAUAUGGAGCAGAAAACAUAAGCACCUUACCUGGAGUCAGUACUCAAGUUAAAGACUAUGUUCAUUCAUACCCUUGUAGUAUAUAGACACGUGUGGACAGAGUGCCUGUUGCUGUAUUAAGAUGUUGUUUGUGGUGUUAUGAGUAAAACAAAUCUUAUGUAUUUGUGUAUUUAAAUAACACAAAUACAGCUUGAGUAUUUAAUCUGCAAGUUGUUCAAGGUCUAUUUGCACACAUUAUCAAAAUGGUAUGUUCUACAGAGUACACAUGGCACAUGUUAUCAUUUUUUAAAUGAAUAACAACACAUAUUGUCAGAAAUUCACAGUUAUUAUUAUCAUUAUUAUUAUUAUUUGUAUACAGGACACGUUUUCUACAAAUUCUGUGUAACUGCUGCACCAGUGCCUCCAUGAUGCAUAUUAUUUUGUAACAUCCAUAAAAAUUGCUGCUGGUUAAAGCUGCAUUAAUUGAUGUUUGGCCACUAGAGGGUAGAGCAACAAAACAUCAAAAGAAGCUGAUGUAUUACCAUCUUAUAAUGUUAUGGCUAAAAUAUUAGUGAAUAGUUAUUUGCUUCUGGCCACAUGAUGAAUGAAAGUGUAAUAUUCUCUUCUUUUACUCUGUUUUGAAUGGAAGCCACGAGCCUCCGUGGUUGCAAUUAUGUUUUUAAUCUUGUUAUGUCAAGAUUGUGAGUUAUUUAUCUUGUUAUCUCAUGUGAAAAUAGUUGUUUUCUGGUAAUAAUUAUCUCAUUAUCUUUUGAAAACAAUAGGCCGUUUUCUCGGGAUAAUGGGACAAAUACCUCAUUAACAUGAGAAAGCAACAGGUUGUUUUCUUGAGAUAAAUUAUGGAUGAAAUGAGGAAGCCUGAUUUGAAUAAUCACAAGAAAAUUACCUUUUGUUUUCUCUAAAUAAUUAACCUGUUAAGGAAACGACUUUGUUAUCCCAAGAUAAAAUACAAUUAUUGCAACCACAGCCGCUCUCAGCUUUUGUAGUUUUGGUCUCCACCAACUCCUAUAAAAUAUCUGUGUCUUUGCUAGAUGUUUAAUUUUCUUCACCAGCUAGAGAGAUAUAGGUAACUUUGUCUUCUGCCUGCCUGGCUGCCAAGGGGGCUGAUGAGAGCAGCUGAGACUCAAUUAUACAAUAAGUCAGCUAAAAGAGGCUCAAAAGCUCCACAGAGCAGCGGAGUUGGUGAUUAUUCUCUGUGAGCUCGUCAGUAAGAAAUUGGUUUCAAAUUACAUGUAGUAAUUUGAUUCAGUAAUAUAAUAGUAUUGAUUAGUGCAGUUUUAACAAUUCAUCAACACUUGAAAUCAUUUUACAAGCGUAGUAUCUUUAGUCCUGUGGAACAACAAACAAUCGUACGAUAGAGUGUGAUGCUUUGCAAAACUUUGUUCAUGUUGAAUAAAUGAAAAUCUGUUGUGUAUUUUAAUAUAA